ACAGAGACCAGACGACGUCGUCCUACGGGUUUCUCCUCCCUCCAUAGUUUGAAACGCAAGCUCGCGGACUAAAGUGUUAUGGUUCGAAGGAAGUCUCGUCCCGAGCCAAAAAUGAAGACAGCGUUACGGCUAUCUUCCUUCACGCGCCAGCUUCACUCGCGUUCUCCCCCACGCGCUGCCGCGUUCAACCGAGUCCUCGCCUCCUUUGCCAGGGCGAAGUGCUUCCCCGCCGCGAUUUCUCUCUGCGCCCAAACGGAGUCCCGCGGCGACGUUAUCCCUUGCCACGUCACCCUCACCAUCCUCAUCAACUGCUUUUGCCACGUCGGCAAAGUUGCUCUCGCCUUCUCCGUCUUCGGAAAGCUCCUCAAGCGCGGCCUCCCCUAUGACGCUGUCACGCUCAACACCUUAAUCAAAGGCCUCUGCCUUGACGGCGCCGUUUCUUCGGCGCUCAAGUUCUAUCAGGAAAUGGCGGCAGAGGGGUUUGAGUUCACCGAAGUCACCUACGGAACGUUAAUUAACGGACUCUGCGAUGUAGGGAAAACAGAAGCGGCUAUUAGAUUGUUGAGAAUGAUGCAAGCUUGCGAUCCUAAUGUUAAACCUAAUGUGAUUAUGUAUAGUAGAAUUAUAGAGGGUUUGUGUAAGGAAGGACUUGUCAAUGAGGCGUGUGAGUGGUGUUAUGAAAUGGUUGGUAACAAUGUUGAGCCUAAUGUGUUCACUUACAGGCCUCUUGUGAGAGCGUUGUGUGUCGCGGGACGGUUAGACGAGGCGGUUCGGAUGGUGGAGGGGAUGAUUACGAAGGGUGUGUACAUUGAUAUUUAUGUGUUUAGUGUUUUGAUAGAUGCGUUGUGUAAGAAAGGAAUGGUGGUGGAAGCGCAGGAGGUGUUUGAUGAAAUGAUUAAGAGAGGUGUUGAGGUUAAUGUUGUUGUGUGCACGGCCUUGAUGGCGGGCUAUUGUUUGAAGAACGAAGUGGAUGAGGCAAGGAGGUUGUUUGAUGCAGUUGUGAGACGGCCGGAUGUUUGGAGUUAUAAUGUUUUGAUGAAUGGGUAUUGCAAGGUUAGGAGAUUGGAUGAUGCAAUGAUGUUAUUAAAUGAAAUGUGUGGGAAGGGUGUGAUUCCGAAUCUUGUGACUUAUAAUUUGUUGGUUGAUGGUUUUUGUAAAUGUGGGAUGGUGGCGUAUGCUUGGCAAAUUGUUAAGGCAAUGUGUGAGAGUGGUGUCACGCCGGAUGUUGUUACUCAUAGUAUCUUGUUGGAUGGUUUGUGCAAGAGGCAACGUCUUGAUCUGGCGGUUGUGAUGUUUAACCAGAUGCUGAAGAGGGGUGUGGCACCUGAUGUUUGGAGUUAUAGUAUAUUGAUUGAUGGUUGUUGCAAGAAUCAGAGGAUAGGUGAGGCCAUGAAUUUCUUGAAAGAAAUGCAUUUUAGGAAUUUGGUUCCUCAUAUUGUGACUUACACUUCUCUUAUUGAUGGACUGUGCCAAUCUGGGAGAUUGUUGUCUGCGUGGAGGCUUCUGAAUGAGUUGCACCAUAAUGGUCUACCCCCUGAUAUUAUUGCUUACAGUACUUUGUUGAAUUCUUUAUGCAAAAGUGAACGUCUUGACAAAGCAAUUAUUUUGUUUAACCAAAUGAUUAGGAGGGGUUUGGCACCUGAUGUUUGCAGCUAUACCAUCUUGAUUAAUGGACUAUGCAAGAGUGAAAGGAUAGAUGAAGCCGUUAAUCUCUUAAAAGAAAUGCAUGUAAAAAAUUUGGUUCCUGAUACCAUAACUUAUAUUUCUCUUGUUGAUGGCUUGUGCAGAUCUGGGAGAAUCUCGUAUGCGUGGCAGCUUCUUAAUGAGAUACAUGGCAAUGCUCCACCCCCUGAUGUUGUCAAUUACAUCGAUGCACUUUGCCCGCGCAUGCAUCUUCACAGCAAAUGCCAUGCUUCAACUUACUGUUGACAGAAGAGCUGGUUGUUAUGUUCUUGCAUAACUAUACUUACCGAUGGUUUGUCUGAAAUUGGAACGCUAUAUACUGCACAGAAAUUUCCAAGUAUCUUUUGAUUAAAGGAUGUUGUUCACGUGUCCAAAAAUAUACCACUGUGAUGAAUGGGCUUUGUCUGAAGAGAAAAUGUUGGAUGAAUGGUGAACUUGCUUUUUAAAAGCUGGGAAAAUUCUUGCUCUUCUGAAAAACAACAUUAAAUCAAUAGAAGAGAAACUUUUACAUGAAGUGGUCAAUGGAUAGAGGCCUUGUAAGAUGAUACAAUAAGCCAUGCUGUCAGAUUUGACUCUUCACAGCCGAUUGGCUACAGACCCCAAGACCCUCCAAUGAUUCUAUCGAAGUAGUUCCAGCCACAGUAUACUUAUCACACAGGGAAGAAGCUCAACAGCAGUAAGGCGGUAAUCAAUAAGUAAGCCUUUGAAUAACUAGUCAAAGUAGCAUGUAUGUAGUGACAAAGACCAGCUCUCUUCUUUCCCCACCUUCACAAUUUCCACAGAAAUUAUACCUGUUUUGGAGUGAGAGAGAUGCUAAUGACGUUAUUAAUAUGAAGAUGGGAGAACACAUGUGUUGCUAUCAGAUGUCUCAACUCAAGAAAAUGGAAGAAAGAUGUUGCAAUGUGGAUAUUGUAGCUUACAGAACAAUUAUGUGCAAUCUCUGGGAGGAUAGCAAGGUAUGUUAGGCUUGCAAUUUGUGGUUGGAAAUGACUUGUAAAGCCAUUCAACCAAACCUAUAGCUUAUCAUGGUAAUAGUCUAUUGUCUGUUCUGAAAGGCAUCUGUGGAGAGGAAGUGUUUGGAAAUCCCAUCUCAUUUGCCUCGGUACUUGAGGUACGGGUUAUAUAUUUGUUGGGCAACUUCAUUUUGCUAAUUGAUUUUAAGAUGUAUUUUGACACUUUUUAUGGUGUCUUUCAUCAAAUUUUGCAAACAUUGAGCCCUAAUAAUUGAUGUAGAAGAUGCAAAAAUCAGGGUCCACCCCCUAUGAACCAUGAAACCUAGUUGUGCUUUUUGCAAUAGAAAGCAGAUCCUCUAUGCAAAAUCUGUCAACUAUGGCACUAAAAGUUUGCACAUCUGGCAUGAUUCCCUUUCUGAAAACGUUAACCAAUAGAGUUGCAGCAAAAUUAAACCUUAAAACUAAUUGACAUAAAGCAAAAUUGCUCAACAAAUAUAUUAACUCGCACCCUGAGAAUUAAGGUAGAUGUGAAGUUUCCAACAAAAAGUAUUUCAUUUAAUGAUUUACAAGGGCUGCUCACCAAAUGUUGUAACUUACAAUUCAUUAAUCCAUUUCUUGGAUGGCAUGAUUAAUAAUGGACUAAAUCCUGAUGUCGUCACUUGAAUAACUCUUAUUGGGGGUACGAAGGUGGGAAACCAGUAGCUGUAAAAAAAUUUUGUACAAUGCCACAAGCAUGAGCAACUUCCUAAUCUCCAAAUUUAUGCCAUUAUAUUGGAUGGCCAUUUAAGUGCCAUUUUUAGCUGAGGCUGCAUCAUUGUUUAGGAAAAUGGAGAAGAUGAAUUUGGAUCUUAAUAUUUGUAACUUACGUUAUGCUCAUAGAAUGCAGCCUUGGAAAGCUAAGUGAUGCAAUGGAACUCUUUUCUUCUCUGCCUGCUAAAGGUUUGAAAAUUGAUGUUACCUAUAAGAUAAUGAUUAAUGAUUAUGUAAAAGAGGACUAUUCAAUGCUCCUGAAGACUUAUUGAUGAUAGCGCACUUGUAAUGUCUUUGUCCAGGGAUUGCUGGAAAAUCUUGAUAUUUCAAUAUCAAUAAAUAACUUCAAGUGAUGAAAGGCAAAGAAUUUUGUGCAAAUGCUACCACCAAAAAACUUGUUUAUCAUCUCUUUCUCGAACAAUAAAGGAAUUUGUUUGAACAUAACCGUGUAUAUUCAAAAUCGUGUGGCCAGCCUGUUAGUAGAGUCUGGCUCUAUACACUGGGGUUUGAUACAAGUUUUUUUCUUUCUCAUGCCAAUUACGAUUAUUGUUAUAAUAUAUAGUUCUUAAAGUUACUAUCUCUUUGAUUCCUAUUUUUUCCCAUGCUUGGAUGGGAGUAACAUCCCUCAAACUCCCAAUUUCAAUAUCAAGGCUUCUGUCUUAAGCUAGGUCUAGAGAUGCAAUUGUUAGUGACUCUUCUACCAUGUUUUGCAUUUUAUUGUUAGUUGUUAAUAAUUACUGCUUUAGUUUCAUAUUUUACAUGAAUUUGAAUGCUCAAGUAUUGUUAGACAGUGAGGGAGGCAAGACAAAUGACGCCUAAUUUUCCUUUUAUGUUGUAAGUUUUUGUCAUUCAAUAAUUUAUGCAUUUUGAUCAAAUGGCUUAAUCUUGAUGUAUUCGGAAAUAAUUAACUGAUGGGGUUUUGGGGUUGGGUGAAUUUUAAAUAUAUAACAUCGGAAUAUUGAAUUUAAAAUCUUAAUACCAGUUUCUUGUAUGAGGUAAAAUUACAACCAUGGCAAAUUACUAUGCUUUGCAUCAGCUGGUCCCCCUUUUCUCCCUCCAAAAAAAUAGAGAGCAACUCUUUCUCAGGCCUCUUAUGUAUUCUCUAACACAAAAAGUAGGCCAAAAAUAAACCAAAAAUUAUCAAGUCUCACAAUUCACCUACCACACGCAUGUCUUGGGAUCCUAAAGGGUAGACUUCAUUUGAGAAAUGGCAUAAUUAGAACUGAAAUCUAUUGGACGAAAUGCUUUUGUUAUAACAUUUUGAAUCAUGUUCAAUUCACUGCCACCUUGAUGUCUGCUGUGAACAUUGCUCGUACAGGUCUAUGAUCAGAGAGUCUUGACUCACUCCUGUUGUAUUGGAUUUGCCUCAUUCCCUUCCCAAACCAUAUUAUUCUAUCACACCUGCAAUACCAUCGUGUUGUUAGAGUAUCCCAUGCUUGCUAAUAGAUCAUAUAAAGGCAUUUGAAGUGUGGCUGGCUUUGAGUGAUCGCCUUGUCGUAAAGAACAUGUCAAUGCCAUGGCAUGUAAAAGUAGUAACAUGGCCCACUAAAGGAAGUUUGUCUUUUAUUUCUAGUGCACCAUCGUGUUCUUAAGGGACCUGAGAAUCUACCAAAUUAUUUAAUGUAUGCUUACCAUGCUGGAGAACGCCCCCUUUUGCGUGUAUGCUGCUCAUCACAACCUAGAUAAUCUUUAGAAUUUGGCCGGUAUUUGUAUGUAGGUGGAAACUCUAUAGCUCCUUCAUGCCAACCUUGGAACACAUUGCCCUCCAUGAGCUCCAGCUUGAGCUAUACAUAAUUUGCGUUCAGUUUAAAAGCUUGAACUCAAAACAGUACAGUGACUAAUUAAUAAAAACCGUUACCUUAAACUGUUUUGAAUUUGAACUCAGAAACAGUGGUAACUUUCAAUUCGAAAUUGGACUUAAGACCUAAGUAAACCCUAAAUUUUGCAAAAUUGAUUUAUAAAAUGAGGAGUGUUGUUUUAUAUUUUGUGGUUUUGGACCAUCGACUAGAAUUAUGAUCAAUAUAUAACUCUUUUACCAACAUAAAAUUUGGGAUUAAUUUCACAAAACUAACCUCUAAGUAAGGAUUAUAUUGGUUACAUUGAUAUGAAACUUCUGUAUUAGUUUAUCCAAAAUAUUGUCAUGCAAGUAGUGAGAUGAGCAUUACCUGAUCAUAUUUCAACAAGGUUUCCCACUCUCUUUUCUUGAUCAGUGACUGUGUUGUAGAGCUUGGCAUAUAAAUCCUGUAGUUCAAGUCUCCUAGCCAAACUAUUCGGCUGCAUGGGACCAGGUACCAAUUUUAGAUGAAGUUCUAUUGAAUGUGUUCUACUUAUAUAAACUGAUUAUACCCCGACUACACAGGAUACUUUGAAUAGUGUAAUGGAUUACGUAAAUGUUCCUCAAUCAAAACCAAAGUUCGAGGAACUGGAAACAGUUACAUAUCUCAUAUAGAAUGAUAAUAUAUCUGUGGUCUUAAAAAAAGUGUAAAAUUUACACAAUUUAGUAUGCACUUACUCAUGAUCAAUAAUCUUUUGAGGCCUAUCUUGCAGAGGCCCAGAGGGGAAGAUUGUCCUGGACAAAAUAUCUGUUGCAUUGAAGUUUCUUUGUCUUCGGUCUGAUUCUUUUCCACCAGAUGCUAGAUGACUACAUACAAAGCAGAAACUUGUUUCAUGCAAGUAAAAUCUGAUUGAUACCGAACCCUGUAUUUUAAGAUCAAUAAAAGAACUAAGAAUUCAUAUAAUGUUUCAAAACUGCCAUCUGCAUUCUCAAACAGCUAUUUAUUUAGUUAAAGAAAACAAAAACAUGCAUUCUAUUCUCUGUAACAUGUCAAAACAAACCUUGUUUCCGAAGUAGCCCAUGAUUCCACAGCCAACAGAUGAAACACUCAAGUGCCUGAUUGUUUGAUAGAGGUCACAUCGAGCCCAUAUGGUUAUGAACAUUCCCACCAUCUGCCUGCUUAUGAUGCACUGAAAAUCUUGUUGAUGUUCUCCCUCUGCACAAAUAUGUUCCUUCAAAGGAUAUAUCUUCUGUGAUUCAGCUAUUUUAUCUCCUUCAACCACCUUUGUUGGUGUUCUAUUGUUAAGGGCUGCUCCAAUUAGAGAAUUCCAUUUCGUACAAACUUUUCUGUUUUGGGGACCUAGUACAUUUGCUGCAUUUAGAGGUACAAUUUCUUGGAACCUAGUAUAUCACACAUGAUGAAAUGAUCGGAAUCCAGCAGUUUAGUUUCUAUGCAGUUGACUCUCACGUAUAAUUUUAAUUAUCAAAAGAAAAUUAUUACCCCAGAACAUAAAUAUCUGCUGAAUUAUUUCCUGUGUCAAGCCAGUCUUCCAUAUCCAAGUUCUUGGGUGGUGUAAUGCCUCCAAUAUUCCAGGAACCAACAAAGAUCCUUGUGCAAGUUAAUAUCCAAAAUCAGAGUUGCAUCAAAGGUGAUAUAUAGCUAGAAAAGGAUUAAAGUGCCAUAGAAAAAUUUGUUCAAGAAUUUAUACUACUAUGACCUCAUACUUUUUGGUUUGAUGAUAAAAACGUUUUCUUGAGUAUGCAGAUGCUUGAUUCAAACUAGGAGUUUCCUUUCUGGCCUCUGAUGAAUUCUGGUUUUCUCCUUUGAAGCUAUCAAUGCUUAAUAUCUUUCUCAUAAUCUUACUCUCCUUCAGCUUCAAGCCCUGCAUGAUCUUUGGACGAAACAUAUUAUACACUCAUCAAGCAUACAAAGAAGCAAAAUAGAGAGAGGGAAGAGACACUGAAAGCAACAUUGGAAGAGAAAUACCUUAUAUGAUAUUCUUGCCAAUGGUCUUUUACUACAAUUCUAGCAAAAUAUUGAAGUGGCAUAUCAAACCAGAGAAAAGCGAGAAAAGAAAGAAGCCGCAUCAAUCAUCAAGAGAAGGGUUUAGUAUGGGUGGAAGAAGGGGAUUUAUAAGCAUGCAGCUUAAUCAAAUUGAUUAAAAAAUUGGUUAUGGAAAACUUCUAGCCAUAUGGGGACAGCAGAAAAAACCUGAGGUACCUCUCAUACAUACAGAAUUUACACUUUACAUUCAUUUUUAUACAGACAUAACAUGUUUCUCUGUGUUUCUUAAUAUUUGAUUAGGUAUGUUUAUGUAUUCCCCCUCCCCAUCCCUUACCAUAACUUUUUUAUGAACUUUUAUUUAACUGAUAUUUUCUAGGAAUCAAUGAAAUUGAAACUCUUGCAUUUCUUAAACAA